AUGAGAUUCAUCGUUUUGUGCGCCUUGAUCGGAGUAUGUCUUGCGAUGCGCGAUCAGUCGAUCGCCGUCAAGGGAAAAUUGGUGUGCGGCAACAAGCCGGCGAACAAUGUGCGUGUUAAGCUUUGGGAAGAGGACUCUGGUCCAGAUCCAGACGAUCUUCUUGAUCAAGGAUACACCGAUGCUAAUGGCGAAUUCAAUCUCAAAGGAGGAACUGCUGAAUUAACCACUAUCGAUCCAAUCUUCAAAGUCUACCACAACUGUGACAAAGGACUCAAGCCUGGAAGCAGAAAAAUCAAGUUCAAGCUUCCAUCGUCUUACAUCACCAACGGAAAGGUCCCGAAGAAGACGUUCGACAUUGGGGUUCUCAAUCUUGAGACCGUUUUCGCCGAAGAGGAACGAGAGCUGAUUGUUUCGAAAUAA